ACAAGUCAAACCCAAUACGAACCUAACUUUCUCACUCCAAAUUAACAAAAACAACACCACUAAAUUAAUUACUCCUGACAAACAUAAUUAAAUUCACUAAUGGAGUAAACUAUCAACUAUAACCCCAACUACUACUACUACCUUCUGCCCCCAAUAUAAAAGCGCUAAUAAACAACCCACAGGAGAAGACGACAACCUUGAAUCUUCUCCUUUCUUCUUCUUCUUUAAAUUUCACCAUCAUUCAGAUCUCUGUAACCCAGAAAUAUUCAACUUUCCAGAAAUGUACAGAGAGGAAAUGUCAACAUAUUAGAGAAUUCAGUUGAACAUAUUAAAGAAUUCAGUUCAUUAGAGAGGAGAGGGGAGGAGAGAGAGGAUUUGAGGAGAGAUAAAUUUGGUCUGAUGAGGUGCAAGAAACACUUGUCGGAUUUCAGUAGUACAAUCGGCGUUUGCGCCUCUUGUCUUCGUGAACGCUUGUUUGUUGUUGUUGAAUCGCAAUCUCAAUCCAAAUCCGUUCCUGAUAAUUCUAAACCUAACCCUAUUCAGCUUCAUAAUCAUCGCUUUUAUCAGCAGCAACAGCCUCCGCCGCCGCCGUUGAUCUUUCCUCGGUCUGUUUCUCCGUAUAUCUCUCGCCGUAAAUCCGACCUAACCGCCUCCGCCACCACCACCACCACCACCACCACUAGCAUCAAGAAGUUGCCGAUGAUUCAGCGGUUUUACAGCACUCCGCAAGUGGGCCCCACGUUUCAGAAGAAGAAGAGCUCCGGGAAAUUCGGUCUUAUUUCCAAGCUAUUCCGAUCUAAAUCGAGCGUCGCCAGUUCGACGACGAACUCAGAGGUUGGACCCACGGAGUUCGUUCGGUGUAGUAACCGGGGAAUGUCGCCGCAGAAUGAGUGGGAGGAAUUGGAGGAGAGAGAAAGAGAGGCGAUGACUCGUCCGAGUCCGGGACGAGUCAAGGCGAGUCCAGCGAGGUUGGCGAAUAAUGUGGCGAAUUUCGCAUUCUGCUUGAGCCCGCUGGUUAGGGCUUCCCCUGCUAGUCGGCAUCAUUGGGGAAUUGAGCCGAGUUUCUCCGGCGAAAUUAGGGUUCCGACGACCGGGAAAAGUAAUUUUGGCAGUUGCAAUAAAAGUAACAAUAGUAAUAAUGAUAAACCGCACUUGUCUGAAGCGGCGUCGUUUUGUGCGAAUCGAUCUAGGAAGCUUGCUGAUUUUGGAAGGUUAAAUCGGAACCGUUGACUUUGACCAUGUUCCCCACAUACUCAACCACUCAAUUGGAUGGGAUUAAUGAUGAUGAUGUUGACGAUUAGAGUAAAGUACCAUAUUACCCACCGUAGUUUUUUUUUUUUUUUUUGGAGUAGUAUAAUUAAAAUGUUGAUACCAAAAGAUUGUGACACAAUUUGCUAUGUACAUUUAAGUUUUUUCUAUAGAAGACUAUUUUGCAAGGUGCCUUUGAGAAAUGAAAGGGUGACACAUUUGAGCAUUCA